UAUAUUGCGCCAAUUGAGUUAUUCGUGUUCAGGACACCCAGCGCUCAAGAAAAUUUAAUUAUUUUUUUGUUGGCGUGUCCAAUUUUCUCACUCUCUAACAGAUCAGACAUAUACACAAUAUACAAUAAUGGAAACCAAAAGUGAGCAAGGUGACGUCAUUUUCCGGUCGAAGCUCCCGGAUAUCUACAUCCCUAAACACCUCCCUCUGCAUUCUUAUUGCUUUGAGAACAUUUCAGAGUUCAAUGACCGGCCGUGCCUGAUCGACGGCGCCACCGAGAGAAUCUAUACUUACGCGGAGGUGGAGCUGACGUCACGCCGAGUUGCGGCGGGGCUGGAUAAGCAAGGGAUCAAGCAGCGGGACACCAUCAUGAUCUUGCUGCCAAACUCGCCGGAGUUCGUGUUCGCGUUCCUCGGCGCCUCCUUCCGCGGCGCCGUGUCGACGAUGGCCAACCCGUUUUUCACGGCGGCGGAGGUGGUGAAGCAGGCCAAGGCUUCCAACGCCAAGCUCAUCGUGACGCAGGCGUGCUACGUGGACAGAGUUAAGGACUACGCGCGGGAUCACGGCGUGAAGGUCGCGUGCAUCGACUCCGCGCCGGAGGGGUGCCUGCAUUUCUCCGAGCUGGCGGGGGCGGACGAGAGGGACAUGCCGGAAGUGGAGAUCGCGGCGGAGGACGUGGUGGCGCUGCCGUACUCCUCCGGCACCACCGGGCUGCCCAAGGGCGUCAUGCUCACGCACAAGGGGCUCGUCACUAGCGUGGCGCAGCAAGUUGACGGCGUCAACCCCAAUCUUUACUUCCACAAAGACGACGUUAUGCUCUGCGUCCUGCCGUUAUUCCAUAUUUACUCCCUCAACUCCGUUCUGCUUUGCGGGUUGCGGGCCGGGUCCGCCAUCUUGAUUAUGCAGAAGUUCGACAUCGUCCCGUUCUUGGAGCUGAUUCAGAAGUACAAAGUUACGAUUGGGCCCUUCGUGCCGCCCAUUGUUUUGGCCAUAGCUAAGAGCCCUGCCGUGGAUAAUUACGACCUUUCAUCAGUAAGAACCGUAAUGUCGGGAGCAGCGCCCCUCGGGAAGGAGCUUGAAGACGCCGUUAGAGCUAAAUUUCCCAACGCCAAACUUGGUCAGGGUUAUGGAAUGACAGAGGCUGGGCCUGUGCUGGCAAUGUGUUUGGCGUUCGCGAAAGAGCCAUUUGAGAUAAAAUCAGGUGCAUGCGGGACUGUAGUUAGGAAUGCGGAGAUGAAGAUUGUGGAUCCGGAUACCGGGUCUUCCUUGCCCCGAAACAAAUCCGGAGAAAUCUGCAUCAGGGGAGACCAAAUCAUGAAAGGUUACUUGAAUGAUCCGGAGGCUACAGAGAGAACCAUAGACAAAGACGGGUGGUUACACACCGGAGACAUCGGCUUCAUCGACGACGACGAGGAGCUGUUCAUCGUCGACCGCCUCAAGGAGCUCAUCAAAUACAAAGGGUACCAAGUCGCCCCGGCUGAACUGGAAGCCUUGUUGCUCAACCAUCCCAACAUUUCUGAUGCGGCAGUUGUCCCAAUGAAAGACGAGCAAGCAGGCGAAGUGCCGGUUGCUUUUGUUGUUAAGUCGAAAGGAUCUGUUAUCUCCGAGGAUGAUAUUAAGGCUUUUGUCUCUAAACAGGUGAUAUUCUACAAGAGGAUAAAAAGGGUAUUUUUCGUUGACUCGGUUCCCAAGUCUCCUUCAGGCAAGAUUCUAAGAAAGGAGCUACGGGCAAGACUGGCAGAUGGAUUCCUUGUUUGUUGAGAAACUUGAUUGAAUGGACUAAAAUAUCGACGUUUGAAAAAGUGGAUAAAAAUAAAGAAACUAAUAACAUUUUUACCGUUUUCUAAGCAGAAUAAAUAAUAUAAAAAAAAUCUUUACUGAUA